UUCCUGUGGGUACUGCCAGAGAGAGAGAGUAUACUAGGUAACAAGGACAAUAAAUUAACACUGAAACAUUUGAAGAAGCCCAUGUUUUGCUGAAAUGAUUUAGUGAUUUUAGCUGUAAACCGCGUAUAUUCGCCUUUUCGCGUACGUCAGUCAAGUGUCACACUAACAUCCAGUGGCUUUUGUGGAUGUUGUGGGGUUUUGACCAGGCAAACAAAAUCUCACUUGCCUCAGGAUGUUUCUGUUCUCCAAAAAGAAGAAACCCAGUGAGGAUUCCAUAAAACGUCUGGAAUACCAGCUAUGCUUGGCCAAAGAAGCAGGUGCGGAUGAUAUUCUGGACAUUUCUGCCUGUGAGCUUGCAGAGGUUCCCUCCAGUGCCUUUUCCAUAUGUAAAGUCCUCCAGAAGAAAGUGUUAAUUCUUCAUGGAAAUGACCUGAGGUCACUUGUUCCUAAAGGUUGCUUCAUUGGUGCCUUAGCAACUUUAAAGGUGUUGGACCUGCAUGAAAAUAAGCUCACAUCACUUCCCGAUGACAUCGGUCAGCUUUUGUCCUUGCAGGUGCUGAAUGUAGAGAAGAACCACAUUAAACAGCUGCCGGACUCUAUAGGGGAUUUACGGCAUCUACAGACACUUAAUGUGAAAGGGAACAGCCUUACUGUCAUUCCUGUGUCUGUGGGACGCAUGAGUAGCCUGCGUACACUAGACAUAAGUGAGAACAGCAUUACAGAAUUACCUAAAGAACUGGCCAAUGUUCGCACUUUGGAAAGCCUGAUUCUGGAUGCACAGGUUAUGAGAUAUCCACCUGCAUCAGUGUGCACGGCUGGCACAGAGGAAGUGCAGCGCUACCUCUGUUCAGAGAUGGGUCUGGAGUACUGCCCUCCAUCCCAGUAUCUGCUGCCUGUGCUGGAGGAUGAUGGAGGGAAGCAGGAGGUGGAUUGUGUUGAUGGUGAAGAGAUGGCCUGGCAGAGCAAAUUCAUGGACUAUGAGAAAAGAAAGGUGCAGAAACAUCUGGAAAAGGUGAUCUUUGAGAAAGAUCUUGAAGAGAAACAGAGAGAGCACACUCAGCUCCUCCUCCUCAAUAACUCCCGCAAAGAGGAUGUCCUGCUGUCUGUCAAACUGGAGCAGCAACGGUUGGAGUUAGGUGUGUCUCAGCAGCAGAGGGCCCAGGAAACAGAGAGGCAGAAAAUGCUGGAUAAAGCACGUCUGGCAGAGAGCAAUAUCAUGAGUCGCAUCUCUGACCUCCUACUUGAUAACAAACGCCAGGCAAAGAGCGCCGAGUUUCUGCAAGCUCUGGAGGAAGACCGUAUACGAAUGGAACACCUAACUGCCAUCACACAAGAUGAAGCCAACUCUCUUAGGAAGAAGGAAGUGGCAAGUGCCAUGCAGAGGAUGCUGUCAGAGAGCUACUCUUUAAGGCUACUUCAGGAGGCCAGGGAAGCCAAGACACAGAUUCUGGUGUCUGAGACCUGCAGGAGUUUGGACUAUAUGGAUAGGAAGUUUGACCAAGUGUUGUCCCUGCAGCAGCUAGACAAAAGCAAAGCCAUUAGUCAGAUCCUUCAAGAGGAGGAAAUACAGAAGGCUGCCUUUGAAGCCCUCCAACUCCAGAAGGACAGUGUGCAUGCUUAUAUCCGUAAUCAGAUUAAACUCAUAGAGGCAGAGUUAAUGCAGUUGACAAAACUGGAGGUUAAGAGGAGGAAUUUGGACACGGAGAACCUGCAGGAGGUGCUAGCAGACCAGAGGACUGCUCUGAGUGACAUACUGCAGCAGUUACUCAAACAGAAGGACCAAAGGGAGGAGGAGCUCAGGAUGGUUUUGGUGGAGAUGGAGCAAAAAAGUGAAUCCAAUCAGCAGAACUACUGGAUGAUCCAGUAUCAGAGGCUCCUGGAUGCCAAACCUUUGUCUCUGCGGAUGCAGGAGGCAGCUGUAGAUGCGGAUCUGGGGAAUCUACUGUGUAAACUCUCUGCUCAACACUACCUGCCAAUCAUAGCUCACCAACGAAUCACUGCUGAGGCCUUGCGACACAUGACCACUAAAGACCUUCGAAAGUUGGGGAUCAAUGAGGUUGGCGUGCAGAAAGCUCUUCUCCACUGGGCCAGAGAACACACUUUGUUUGAUCCAAAAGAGAUGCAGGAAGCUGGUCCAUCCACUCCAAGCGCCCCACUCCAACAGGAGCUCACUCCUCCACUGACCCCCAGCACUCCCCUCACACCCACUGCCCCAAGUCCUGAUCGAUGGAGCAGUUCUGAGUGUGUGGUGUGCAUGGAACAUGAGUCACAGGUGAUCUUCCUGCCGUGUGGGCAUGUAUGCUGUUGCCAGACAUGCAGCGAUGCCCUGCAGUCCUGCCCUAUGUGCCGUGGCACUGUAUCUCAGCGGGUCCGUCUUUAUCACGGCUGAAGCCGGCGAGUGUCCUUCCAUGGUCAGGAUCAUACCUCAUGUGUCAUCGUUGUUCCUUCCUCCCAUUUGCUGCAUGAAAUCGUAGUCUGUGAACCUUCAAGCACUUUAGGGUGUACUCACAAUAGGUGUUUUGAACUGUGCCCGAGAGCGUUUGACCCCCAAAGCCCUGUUUGUUUGACUAGUGUGAGCACUCCGUGCCGUGCUCGGGCGCGGUUCGUUUAGCAGUCCCUGGCCCAGUUGGAAGAGGUGAACCAGGGCACGGUUCGGUUGGGCUCAGGCUCGGUUCAAGGCAACCGUGCCUAGUGUGAGUAAGUUCCUUGAUUUUUUUUCUUCCACUCCAAUUACAGCUAGCCACUCAAAGAGGAACUUACACAGCAAGACAUUUGUCAAAUAGGAUAAGGUUUUAUUGUUCAUCAUAAGCUAGUCACAUUCCAAUAAAUUAACAGCAAGAAAGUAUUUGAUAAUGGUUCAUUUAACUCAAACCUAAUAGGAAUAGAUAAUAAUAAGACUGUUGAGCUUUAGUAUCACCAAUGAUGUACCCGCUCUAAGCACUUGUGCCUCUUCUGUUUUUGAUUUCAACUCACCGCCCCCCAAUACUAAAUUUUAAAUAUCUGCAUGUUCGCUAUAGAAAAGCUAAAUCUUCAUGCCCUGCCCUCCAUGUUAUUCUACCAACAUUGUAGUACAGUAAUACCAAAUUGAUCACCAUUCAGGGAUUUUCACAACAAGGGCAAUAACUGUAAUCUUAAAGUUUUAAUCAUCAUUCAAAUUUUAUCAGAAUCGGGGCAUCACACCACAGCUAUAAUGACAACAACACAGAGGAACUAUAUCAUUGGAAUCAAUAUCACAACAAUUUUUUUCCAGCUGAUGAAUGAUAAAAAUAUUUACAGGCCAAUCUGAAUCUGCCUGACUUUAAAGAGCUUGAGCAUUUAAUGUGGCAGCUGACAUAACUACAGUAUGCGCUUAUAAUAAACAGAUUGUCCCUUGGUGUGGAUGCUAAUACAUUUAUUGUUAAAGUUGUCCUUAUACUAACUGUUUUUGGUGUAAAAAGGGCCUAUACCCUGAAAUACCAGAGUAUUUUAAUACUUCAACCAGUUAAGUUAAAGUACUUUUUCAUUUUUAAUGUAAGAUUUUAAUUUUUAGUUUAAAUGUGACUCUUUAAAUUUAAAUUUCUGCAUUGAAAUGUUUUGAACUGACUUGGCAACACAGCAGAAUAGAAAAUUAUAGGUUGAAGGUGAAACCUUUCUGAAGGCACUGUACUUAAAACACUCCAGACAUUCAUCCUAACAAAUGCACUGUUACUCCUUUUUACAGUCAACUAUCCAGUUUCAGCAACUUUAAGUAUUGCACACACCCAAUAGUGUACUUCUGUGAACCUCUCUUUAUCCAAGUGCUCUUAUGUGCAAGUCUGCUUCUUACUGAACAUGUACAGAAUGAAAAAACAACUUAAACUCUGUAAAUAAAACAAUAUUAAUUUAAUUUCCUAUUUCAAGAAUUAAGCUUUAAGUGUUUAUCAGAAAGCAUGAUACAAACUUUUAAUCUGUGUGCUUUGUGUGAUACAGAUAUGCUGUAUGGAUCAGACUGGACAAAUAUGUCUUAUUUGCUGUGCAUCUGACAAUUAAGAAAAAAAAAAACAUGAAAUCAUAAGAAUGUUUAGUAGAAGUUACUGUAGUAUAAACUACCCUCUAGUGGCAGGUUAUUAUUAACUUACGUACACACUGUAGUCCUCCUGCUCUUAUUUUAUUUCAUAAGAACUGAUACAGUUUGUGGUCAUUUUAUACAACACAAAUGGCACCUUAUCUGUGAUAUUAUCAGUGAGAUUGAAUCUCUUUGUUACAUUCAUUUACAAUAUAUGUGCUAAUAUUAUGCAUUUUCUGUUGUUGUCUACAUAUUCAUAUUCAUAAUGUACUUUCUUUUUUAUUUAGGUUUUGUAAUUGUACCCAACCAACCACAUCCACUGAAAUGCUGCCUAUUCAUUUUGAAGUGUUAUCACACCUGUCAGACAUCUGCAAAUAAACCUGCUAGACAAUA